CUAGCAGAACAAGAGAAGUACAGUAUUUUGUUACGUAAUUGAAAAUAGAAACAAAAACAGAUUUGGUGUAUAAUAAUGAAGUGUGGUUUCCACCAAAAUGAUGGCCAAUGGGUUUUAUUUCAGGAGAAUAAAUUACAGUAGUCUAAGCUGACUCUGUAGACUAGAGGACCAUACUCUAAUAGAUAGAUAGACAAGAGAGAGAAGAGAACACCACGACCACGUACUGGGAAUUUGGUAACGUCAAUUCAGCUGUUUCCGGUGGGAAAACAAUUACCAACAACGCCCAUAACAGAGGCAAAGGGUUUUGGAGAUUCCAACAAAAGGGGCAAAGAAAAACUGGCCCUGUUUGUAUUCUGUAACAGGCUAACAGCCGCUAGCUAAAGAGAUAAAUUCCGUGGCAGUUGAGUUAGAAGCGAAAAGAAGGAAACUACUCACUGUCUGGGUUCCGCUUUCUCUCUCCUUACCUGCCGUGGGGUACUAAUCUAAUCAGUAAUCACUCUACCACCUGCUUUCAGCUUUUGCCUCUCUGUCUUCCUCAAUGGCAGGUGUGGGAGAUGGCGAUUUGUACUCGCAACUAUGGAAGCUAUGCGCGGGACCUUUGGUGGAUGUUCCUCGCCAAGGGGAGAGAGUUUUCUACUUCCCGCAGGGUCACAUGGAACAAUUGCAAGCUUCGACUAAUCAGGGACUGAACCAGGAAAUUCCUCAUUUCAAUCUCCCACCCAAGAUUCUCUGCCGUGUUGUGCACAUUCAGUUGUUGGCGGAACAAGAAACCGAUGAAGUUUAUGCUCGUGUCACUUUGCUUCCAGAAUCCAAUCAAGAAGAACCAACGAGUCCAGACCCAAGUCCACCCGAGACCCAGAAACAAGUUUUUCACACUUUUAGUAAGAUAUUAACUGCUUCUGAUACUAGCACACAUGGAGGAUUUUCAGUUCUGCGGAGGCACGCUACCGAGUGUCUGCCUCAAUUGGACAUGACCCAAACUACUCCCACUCAGGAAUUGGUAGCGGAGGAUCUUCAUGGGUUUGAGUGGAAGUUUAAGCAUAUAUUCAGAGGUCAACCAAGGAGGCACUUGCUUACAACUGGCUGGAGUACAUUUGUCACAUCCAAAAAACUGGUUGCGGGAGAUGCUUUUGUGUUUUUAAGGGGAGAGAAUGGUGAACUGAGAGUUGGUGUCAGGCGUGUAGCCCGGCAACAGAGUCCCAUGCCUUCAUCUGUGAUAUCAAGCCAGAGUAUGCAUCUUGGAGUGCUUGCCACUGCCUCUCAUGCAUUUUUGACAAGUACCAUGUUUGUGGUUUAUUACAAACCUAGCAUGCCUUUCCAUACAUUCAGGACUAGCCAGUUUAUUAUUGGUGUAAACAAAUAUCUGGAGGCAGAAAACAAUAAGUUUUCAGUUGGCAUGCGUUUUAAGAUGAGAUUUGAGGUGGAGGACUCACCUGAGAGAAGGUUUUCUGGUACUAUUGUCGGGGUUGGGGAUGUAUCUCCAGGAUGGUGGAACUCUCAGUGGCGUUCAUUGAAGGUUCAAUGGGAUGAACCGGCAAUAAUUCCAAGGCCAGAGAGGGUUUCUUCGUGGGAGAUAGAGCCUUUUGCUGCUUCCACUGCUUUGAAUGUCACUCAACAACUGGUGAAGAGCAAAAGGUCCAGGACUGAGGUUUCAUCUUCUGAAAUUGCUCCUAAUUCCCCUGCUCUAGCAUUCUGGUAUCGUGGACCACAAGACCCUACAGCAUUAGGUAGCAGUACAGAGGUCCAAAGCAAUGAAAAUCCAGUUGUAUGGUCUACUCGACAGAAAGAAAUUAAUGGCAAUCCUAUGAACAGCAGCUCCAAAGUCCGCGUGGAAGGAAUGCGGCCUUCUUCCCCACAUUCAAAACCAAACCUUUUUAUGGACCCCAAAAAUUGCAAAGCUGUCCCAGCACAAUCAACUGUUUCAUCUAGGCCGAAAGAUGAUUUGGCACAUGAUCCCAUGGAAUGUGCUAAAAGGAGUAGUCAGAAUCCCAUGAAUUGUUGGAUAUUUGGAGUAAAUUUGACUAACAAUAUUACUAACAAUGUUACCCUUCCGGAUAAAGAACAAUUGGGAUGUCCCGCUAUUAUUCCCAGUGGUCCCAAAGAUUCUAUUCCUGUUGCUGCAUGUGAAACUGAGGCUGGUCAGAAUCCCUAUUAUUCACUGUCCAAUAAGGAGCACAAGCAAAAUAUUUCUGAUGGAUCACCCAGUGCCAGUCAGAGACACACCAGGACUCGGACCAAGGUGCAAAUGCAAGGUAUUGCUGUUGGUCGUGCAGUUGACCUUACCGUGUUAAAAGAUUAUGAUGAUCUCAUAGAUGAGCUUGAGAAAAUGUUUGAUAUUAAGGGAGAGCUUCAAAUGCAAACUAAGUGGGCUAUUACUUUUACUGAUGAUGGAAAUGACAUGAUGCUCGUUGGUGAUGAUCCAUGGCCGGAGUUUUGUACCGUGGUGAAGAGGAUUUUCAUUUGUUCAAGGGAAGAUGUGAAGAAGAUGAAAAGCAAGCAUUCUUCUUCUUCAUCAGUGGGUGAAGAAACUUUGUUGAGCCAAGAUUGACAGAAUAGGGAGGAGACUCAGCAAAUCUCUUGUGAUUUGACAGCUUAACCUUUCUAGUUUUUUGGUUUGGGAGGGAGGGGGGAAGUGUUGGGGGUUUAGGGUGCUUGAUGAUUUGGUUUGCUUAAUUUUAUGCGACUUUAAAAUUGUAGAGUAGUGAACGUGUGUAAGUGGACUAAUAAUAUUAUAAAACUACAGGAACUUCAGUUGGAUUUUAGGUACUUUAUAUUUGAGAAUACCUUUUUUUAGGUGGUACCAUCUGCACAAACAAGUAUGCUUUUUCUUUUUUUCC